UUUCAAUAUAUAAUAGUACCCUUACCCCAGCAACUUCUUCAGUAUUCACAGGGGAUUGUGCUGGUGUUCUAGCUCCUUCACAGAACUUGGUAUUCAUCGUGCUCUUCAUGCCUGACACUUCAAAUGCCCCAGAAUGGAAUCUCUAGAAGAAGGCGGCAUUGGAGGAUACUCCUCUGAGAGCAGUUGCAUUGAAGGCAAGGAAGAGCCCCAGAGGAGUCCAUCAGUCGAGCAGUCAGAAGAGGCAGAAGUGGAUGUGAGAGACAGAGAGACACAGAGACACAGAGAGCGAAAGAGGGCAAGAGACUUGACUUUAAGAGACUCCUGCACUGACAACUCCAUGCAGUUCGGAACAAGAACGGCAACGACCGAAUCUGGUUUCAUGGGGACAUGGCAGAACGCUGACACUAACCUCUUAUUCAGAAUGUCCCAACAGGCCAUCCGCUGUACACUGGUAAAUUGCACAUGUGAAUGUUUCCAGCCAGGGAAGAUUAACCUGAGAACCUGUGAUCAUUGUAAACAUGGCUGGGUGGCACAUGCUUUGGACAAGCUUAGCACUCAGCAUCUGUACCACCCUACCCAAGUGGAGAUUGUGCAGUCCAACGUAGUGUUUGACAUCAGCAGCCUGAUGCUCUAUGGUACCCAGGCUGUGCCUGUGAGACUGAAGAUACUGCUGGACCGACUCUUCAGCGUAUUGAAGCAGGAAGAGGUGCUGCACAUCCUGCAUGGCUUAGGCUGGACGCUUCGGGACUAUGUGCGGGGCUACAUCCUUCAGGAUGCUGCAGGCAAGGUGCUGGACCGCUGGGCCAUCAUGUCCAGGGAAGAAGAGAUUAUUACCCUUCAGCAGUUUCUGAGGUUUGGAGAAACCAAGUCCAUCGUGGAGCUGAUGGCAAUUCAAGAAAAGGAAGGGCAGGCUGUGGCUGUGCCAUCUUCAAAGGCAGAUUCAGAUAUAAGGACUUUUAUUGAAAGCAAUAAUCGCACUAGGAGCCCAAGUCUCCUUGCUCACCUGGAGAACAGCAACCCUUCCAGCAUUCAUCACUUUGAAAACAUCCCUAACAGCCUUGCGUUUCUGCUUCCAUUCCAGUACAUAAAUCCUGUCUCUGCUCCAUUGCUGGGGCUGCCUCCAAAUGGCCUCCUGCUGGAACAGCCGGCUCUGAGGCUGCGUGAACCAAGCCUUUCUACCCAAAAUGAAUAUAAUGAAAGCAGUGAAUCUGAAGUUUCCCCCACUCCUUUCAAGAAUGAGCAGACAUCCAGCAGGAAUGCUUUGACCAGCAUCACAAAUGUAGAACCCAAAACUGAGCCAGCCUGUGCAUCUCCCGUUCAAACAUCUACACCCAUCAAUGAUUUGUCCAAAACUGAGCACACAAAAAGCUCAUUCAGGAUUCACAGAAUCAGAAGAAUGGGAUCAGCGUCAAGAAAAGGGAGAGUGUUCUGCAAUGCAUGUGGUAAAACUUUCUAUGACAAAGGUACUCUCAAAAUCCACUACAAUGCAGUUCAUCUGAAAAUCAAACACCGAUGCACGAUUGAAGGCUGCAACAUGGUCUUCAGCUCUCUUAGAAGUCGCAAUCGUCACAGUGCUAACCCUAACCCCCGCCUUCAUAUGCCUAUGCUAAGGAACAACCGAGACAAAGAUCUAAUCCGUGCUACAUCAGGAGCUGCCACCCCUGUCAUAGCAAGUACAAAAUCCAGUCUUACCUUAACAAGCCCUGGUCGGCCUCCAAUGGGUUUUACUACUCCCCCACUAGACCCUGUACUACAGAACCCUCUUUCUAGCCAGCUGGUUUUUCCAGCUUUAAAGACUGUCCAGCCUGUUCCUCCUUUUUACAGAAGUUUACUUACUCCUGGAGAGAUGGUGAGCCCUCCAACCUCAUUACCCACCAGUCCCAUCAUACCAACAGGUGGUUCAGUGGAGCAGCAUCCUCCUCUUCCUUCAGAGUCAUCGUUACCUGCACUGGUGAUGCCUACCCAUGAACCUAAUGCUGACCUGGCCCCUAAGAAGAAACCAAGGAAGUCAAGCAUGCCAGUUAAAAUAGAAAAGGAAGUUAUUGAUACUGCUGAUGAGUUUGACGAUGAAGAUGAUGAGGCUAAUGACAACAGCACGAUGGCUAAUGAUAUUGGUCAUGACAAUCACUGCCAUUCGCAGGAGGAAAUGAGCCCAGGAUUGUCUGUGAAAGACUUUUCUAAAAAUGGUAGAAGCAGAUGCAUUUCUAGGACAGAGAUAAGAAGGGCAGAUAGCAUGACCUCAGAAGACCAAGAGCACGAGAGAGACUAUGAAAAUGAGUCAGAAACUUCAGAGCCAAAAUUGUGUGAGGAAUCCAUGGAAGGUGAUGAACACAUCCAUGAAUCUAAUGAACAGUCUAUGAUGAACAGUGAGAUGGCAGAUGAAAAUCACAAUGAAUCUUCUCACCGGGAUGUAAUUAAGGUGAAGGAAGAGUUUACAGACCCUACCUAUGAUAUGUUUUACAUGAGCCAAUAUGGACUGUAUAAUGGGGGCAGUGCCAGUAUGGCUGCCCUUCAUGAAAGCUUCUCUUCAACAUUCAACUACAACAGUCCUCAAAAGUUCUCCCCAGAAGGGGACCUGUGUUCCAGCCCAGAUCCCAAGAUCUGCUAUGUCUGCAAGAAGAGUUUCAAAAGCUCCUAUAGUGUGAAGCUUCACUACAGGAAUGUUCAUUUAAAAGAGAUGCAUGUCUGCACAGUGGCUGGCUGUAAUGCUGCCUUCCCAUCACGGAGAAGCAGAGACAGGCACAGUGCUAACAUAAACCUGCACCGUAAACUGUUGACCAAAGAACUGGAUGACAUGGGACUGGACACCUCUCAGCCCUCUCUUAGUAAGGACCUCCGUGAUGAAUUUUUGGUGAAGAUCUAUGGCACCCAGCAUCAAAUGGGGCUUGACAUAAGGGAAGACACCUCCUCACCAGCUGGUACUGAGGAUUCCCACAUGAAUGGGUAUGGAAGGGGCAUGUCUGACGACUACAUGGUCCUAGACCUGAGUACCACCUCCAGCAUCCAGUCUAGCAGCAGUAUCCAUUCCUCAAGAGAAUCUGAUGCAGGCAGCGAUGAGGGGAUUCUCCUGGAUGACGUUGAUGGGGCGAGUGACAGUGGGGAAUCUGCACACAAAAUGGACAGCCCUGCCAUAGGUGUAGGUAUGGGUUCCGACCUUCAAGGAUCCCUCAUGUUCAACAAUGUUCCAAUGAGCAACGGUGGGAUAAUGUGUAACAUUUGCCACAAAAUGUACAGCAACAAGGGGACCCUCAGGGUGCACUAUAAAACGGUGCACUUGCGAGAAAUGCACAAGUGCAAAGUCCCUGGGUGCAACAUGAUGUUUUCCUCUGUCCGCAGCCGAAAUCGGCACAGUCAGAACCCUAACCUACAUAAAAACAUUCCCUUCACUUCAGUAGAUUAGUUUAAAGAUGGACACGCAAAUGCCAGCUCUCACGGAGGGCCUAUCAUGUUUGAACUGCCAUAUACAGUCUAUAUAUAUAUAUAUAUAUAUAUACACAAUAUGUGUGUGUGUGUGUAUAUAUACAUACACAUGCACACACACACAGAGAUGUAUAUGUAUAUAUAUAUAUAUAUUUUUCUUUUUUAACAAAAGAAAAACACCAGGUGCUUUUGUUUGUUUGUUUUCAUUUUCCUUUGUUGGGUUUGGGGUGGGGGGCAGGGGAAAGUUAAGAAGGGAUGGAAUCUUUAACUGGGGGUGAAAUACCCUCAAUAAAAACCACAAAAACUUGCAAUUAGCCCUAGUUUUGUUAUGAAAUUCUUGGUCAUCUUCAAAGAGACAAAUUGUUCUAUCCAUGAUUAUUGCCUGCAAAAAAAACAAAAAACAAAGAAGCAAAAAGGGGGGGGGGAGAACUUCUUGGUUGUCUUUGUGUACUUUAAGCCUUUGGGAGAAACUUCUACUAAGCAUGGCUGUUACACUUGUAUAUAUAUUGAGCCUUGAGAGGCCUAUGAUGUAAAACAAUUGUAUUGAUGGUGGUUUAACUCUCUCUCUUUUUUUUUUUAAUUUUUACAGUUACAUCCAGCUGUUAGAUAUGCAGAAAAAAAUAGUUUGCUGGCUAGCUCUAUUCAAUUUAUGUUCGCUUUAAUGCACAUUUUUAAAAGAAACACGGUCUUGUUUUAACUACCUGCUAUAUAUAAGUAAUACAGAGGGGCUGGCAUGCUUUACAGUACCUGAUCUGAUACAGCUUUUUUGUCUUGUACUAAUACAUAAAUCCAGUCAUGCACUUUUUUCAUACACUACAAGGGGAUGUGUAAUAAUAUCCAUGCUUAUUUUCCCUUAAACUAUUGCCAUAUUUUCAGUAAGUGUCUUUAAAAAAAACAACACUUAGAUAAAAGAGGUUUGGUCAGUAUGGGGCAUGAAUGCCAAACAAAAAGUAUUAGUGUUUAGUGUUAAUACAAAAGUGCCAACUUUGCACAAGUUUUCAGAAAAGAAAAUAUAACUAGUUACUCGCUGUAACCAGAGGCUGAGUUUUUGGCUAAGAGAAAAAUGCUAGGGGAAGAAAAACAUAAAGAACACUUGGUGCUUUUUGCAAGUGUCAAAUAUUAUUAGAAUCAACAGUGCAUCUUUAUUUCUUAUAUGUUACAUUACAUAAAAGGAAAACAGAAUUAUGUGGUGUGAAUCAACGGAGGCAUUUCCUCUGUUGAGCAAGGAUAAUAUUGCAGGAUAUAGAUGCUGAAAUUACUUACUGCAGAACAAAACUAGAUACAGUGAAUCCAUUCUGGUGCUCCUUACUCCUGGGCUUUUGUGUUCUUUAAAAAAAAAAGAAAAAGAAAAAAAGAAAGAAAAAGUCUUAACUCUGUUGUUCUGUAAAGUUGUCUGAUUUGCAGUGGAAAGUGCUGUAGUAUGAUUAAGGCAUGUUUUAUAAAAGCAAACGAAAGACAUUAAUGGCAGAAGCACUUAGAAGCACUGAAAACACAUGCUGGACUUUUUAUUGGGUUACCUUCUCUUUGGAGAAAUUAGAGGCAAAACCAAAACUAUAGUUGUUAAUGUCUUGUGUUUUACCCAUAUGGUUCAUCAGAGAAGAAUGAAAGUAAGUCCAGGAAAGAAAGAGAGAGAGAGAAAGGGAACAAGCAAUUGAAAGAGACUGAGGGAGAGGCUGCCCUCCAAAUCUUUUUUUGUUUCCGGUGUUUACACAUGGUGCUUGAGCUGGUAAACCGCACUGGCAGCCUAAGCUACCACAACAUACUGACUGAAUGAUGAUAUUUACUUAAGUUCAGCCUACAGCCAAAACCAUUAGGGUGUGUGUUAUAGACUUUUUUUUUAAGCCAAGGAAUAUUUCAGCAUACAAUGCUCACUUAAAGACAAUGUAUUACUAUUCUGUAUUUAAUGGCCUAGAACAUUUCUCUUGUUACGCUGAGAGUCAGAAAUGCUCCUUUGUUUCAGCUUCAGGUUGUUUUGAUUUGUUGUGCAUUUUGAUCAUUUUGUCCACAUGCGCACUCACGCCUGUUAAAUUUGCCAGAGGAAACGGUUUAUGUGGAUCCUUUCCCUUUAGGAUUCAUUGUACAUUUCAGUAUUCCAAAGGUAAGACUCAACAGAUCAUGCAGUGUUUCCAUUUGUAGAAAUUAAAAUUUAAAAAAAAAUUUAAAUCCUUCUAAAGAGACUGAAAACAUGCUUCUAUUGGGAUGUGUUAUUUAAGGCGAGCUUCUGGUCACUCUUUAGUAAUGUACAGCGAGAAAAGACUGAAAACAUCUGUGGAUUCCAUAGAAACGAUAUGAAAAGUCCAGUGUGUCAGACAAGAAAUAUGUACAGCAAAACCCUACGCAGUUUUUGCUAACUUAUUAUUUUACAUUUUUUUCACGUUUUCCCCAAAUUCUUAAAUAUUUUUCCUCGUCAAAUUAAGUGAAGAGAUCUGCUCUGUUUUAUGUUUGUACAUGUCCAGUAUGUUUUUGAAAGAGGGGAGUUAGAACAGUAAAGGUGAAUUCUUCUCAACAUAUGAACCUUUGUAGUGUUAUCUGUACUGCACUCCUGUCACAAUCCUAAGCCGUUAGGAGCCAAGCAAGAUGGAAAGUUUGAAAGACAAAACAAAAAUAACUGAAUAUCUACAGAAAAACACUGUUUUUGAAGUAUGUAUGGUAUAAAUAAAUAUCUUUUUUUAAUGAAAAACACAUUUGAGGUAUAUAAAUAAUUCUUUACUGGAUGAAUCACUGUUCUGCAUUCUCAUUUUACUCUGUUUCUGCUAAAGGUCAAAUGGUUUUGGUAAACUAGUUUGGAAACUUAAACAUCAUCAGCAGAUCAAUUCAGCAAAUGAAUUACACAGAAAAUGUCUGUUUAUUACACAAAACGAAACAGCAUGUUAGAAGAAUAUAAUGGAUCAGAGACAAACCUCAGAAAGUUUUUUAAAGCCCUGCAGUCCUGUUGUCACAACAUCCUAAACUAGUCCCCCAUUGCACUUAGGCAUUGUAGGAGAAGAUGACUGUUUACAGAACAGCUCACUAAGAGUCCAAAGUUGUCAGCAAUAUUCCUGUGAUAAAACUUGCAUUGCUUGAAAUUUUGUAAAAAUCCCAAAUCCCAAGGCAUAUCAGUGGCUUGCGUAAAAAUGAGUUUCUAGUGGACAUCAUGGGGGAAAAAAACUUCCGUAGCUGGCAUUAGCAGGCAUUCUCAGCAGAGAUCAUGGAUUGAAUGAGUAUAGAGACUGAACCUACUGUGUCUCCAGGUCAGGACUGAGGUGCAUUGAUGUGGGGAAGCUUGCACUCCUGCUCAUGCUGUACUGGUUCUGUGACUAGUUCUUCAGUUUCCAGAGCUGUCAAUCCUGCACCUUUCACACGAGCUAAAUUGACAUGGUGGGAGGAGGGAAAGGAAACACUUCAGUUUACUCAUUUCAAGGAGAAGUUGCUCCAUCUGAAAAAGUUAUGUUCCGGUAGUUAGUGAGCGUGUGUGCUAAGUUACUUUGAUAUUUUGUUCAUUUCAAAAUAGAUGUAUUUUUUGUAAAUAUCAAAAGGGCUUAUUCCAUGGUGAGGACUAACUGCACACUAAAUCUCUUUCUUUAAAGAGAGCCACUUCUUGUCUGGAGCUUGUGUGCUGCUGCGGCUUCUUCUUUUUUUGAAGAAAGCAUGUGAUACCAGAUAAAUACUACUUUCCUUUUGAAUCCCUGGUACUAAACCAUUCUAGAGAGAGGCAGUGUGGUUGAAAAGCAGGAGCCAGGAACUCCUGAGUUUUGGCACUGUCAGUCUGCUUUGGUCUUGGGUAAUUCACUUUACUCAUCUGUGAAUAUGCGGAUAAUAAAUAAUAAUACCUUCCUCGCAGGGGUGUUGGGAGGAUUAAUUAGUUGUUUGUAAAGAGUGAACAUAAGUAUGAAGUAUUAUUACACAGAUUACCAUAUUUAGAUCAUAGCUGUGAACUAUGUCUCAGCCUGAUAGAUGUUGAAAUGGCUGAGAUUUUAACUCUCCCGCCAGCCCCAUGAAAAAGAGGUUGAUAAUGCAAAACCCACCCAACACUAAAACUACAGCAGGCAGCAUGGUCACCUUGUAAUAAUGAACAUGUACUGCAAGCACUUGGUCACAGCUGAAUGUGAUCAGUUUUGGAAGGUUUAGGCAAACGUGCCUAUUUAGCACCCUCUAAAAUGUUUUUCAGGAACCCUGCUCAUAAAAAUUGACUAUUUCCCAGGGAAAUUUAAGACACUUUCCAUUUGGAAAUUGUGGACUGCACUUGUUCUGUGUAAAAUUCACAUAUUUUCUUUCUUUCUCUUGUGGAAGUAAAACUCCAUCUCCUCCACCCAUUCCAGAAGAAUGUAAAUGUCCCUGCUCCUAUUCCCCCCUCCCACAUCCCCCAAAAAUGAACUGAUCAGGGAAAUAAGUCAGGUCAUGCCCCAACAUGCAAAGUAUGUGCCUGGGCAUCGCAAGAGCUCAGCUCAGGAUCAGGUCCAAUAUAUUUAAUGCUGGAAGGGGGCCUGCAUGACCCUGUCUGUCUGAGUUUACCCUCUCUGUCUGGGUUUUAUCUAUCUAACUUAUUAAAUACAAUUAAGUAUCCAACACAGUUGUUUGUGUAGUGAUCAAGAUUUUGUUUGAGCCAUUCCAAAGAUAAGGACCAUCCACAAAAUGAGAGAUCACGUUUUGAAUUUCAAAGCACACUUUCCUUCAGUAAGUCUGAGGGGGUUAAAAUCUAAGGACUUCAGUUGGACCAGAUUUUAGCAGUAGCAUAUGGGACAUCAGCUAUCUUAAUCAUACAGGACAUCUUUUGAGAAAUACAUUUGCCUCCACUCAACAAAUUCCCAGAAGAUUCUUCACUGUUUUUGGAGAGGAAAAUGUUUGUUCUAGAAAUGUACACAUGCUCCUUUACAUUUUACAUAUUUGUUGAAAUAAAAAAUAGAAGCAUUCUCUCCCCUGACCCCCAAAGACUGUUUUCUUUACAUCUCUUUGUUUAGGUAUAUUAACAGAAUGAUUUUUUUAUUUGAAGAAAAGGUAAAAAGUUCUCUGAAGUAGGUGCAAGAAAGCAGCUGGAGUUCUCUGUGGGAAGAAGGUGAGUGGCAGAUGCAUGAUGGCAGCUGGUGCGUGUCAGGGUUUUUGGUUUUUUUGUUUUUCUUGUGUCACCACUUUGCUGCUAUAGUAACACAACAAAACAGUGACUUUAGUGCUACUUUGUUAGACAAGGAUCAGCUUAUCCCCUAUCACCCUAUGAUGAGCUUCUCCCCGCCCAGUGAAUAUGAAAGGAACUUUUUUCUUUGCUCAAUUUUUUUGAUUUCCACACAGAGCUACAUCAGAUGGUGGCCUGAACCCUUCACCCAUGUGUUAGCAUAAGUACAAGUCUGCUCCAGUCCCAUGGCUUCCGUCUUGGCAUCCAGCAUUAUCGCUCCCUGUAAAAGGUCUGUGGCAGAAUGACACAGUGACUCCCAUGCAUCAGUAUCAUUGUUUAUUAUUAUUUUUUUAGGUAUUUACAUAAUUAUCCUCAUUUUAGCUUUUUUCCUGGUCCUACCAUCAUUACUAGUGACAGUAAAAAAAAAAAAAAAAA